GUAGACCAAUGGGGUGUUCUGUUGCAGCGCGGUGUGACGGUCGUCCGUUCGCUCGGCUCUGAGGGGAGCUUUUGUGUCGAUGGCGUCGGUGUUUUCGGCCGGGCGCCGGGCGCUCGCUUCCCGCUGAGCUUGGCCGCACCGCCGCCUCAUGGCGCUGCGCUGGGGUGGCAGCGAGCGGCUGCAGCCGGGCCUGGCCUCGGGCGACGUGGUGAACCUGCUGUCGGACGACGAGCAGGAGGGCGCGGCGACCAAGGUCCAGGCCUCGGCCUCCAACUGCCGGUCGCGCCGCGUCCAGCUGCAGCCCGGCCCGGGCCACGCCGGGCCCGAGGAGGGGCAACGGGAGCAGGAGCGCGGCCUGGUCCGCUUCGAGAACCAGCGGCUGUUCUGUGAGUUUGUGGAAUUCUGUGAAACAUUAACAGAAGAAAACCCAGAAGUGAUAAAUUUCCUGCAGAGGAAGUACAGCAAGGCUUUUCCAGAGUAUUUGGCCUCCACAGAGUUCCGUAACGUACUGGGACGCUGCCUGACCCGGGUUCAGGGCAGGAAGAACAAAGUCUUCGUUUACAUUAAUGAGCUGUGUACUGCACUCAAAGCCAAUUCCCAAAAAACCAAACUUGCUUUGGCUAGUAAGGAGAAUUCAAAGCAUCAGCCGGUGGCUGUUGAGGGUCAGUCUGUCACAGACACCAAGGAGAAAGAAGACUGCCCUGGGAAACCUGCUGCCCCAUCAGAGGAAGCAGCCUCCACAUCAGUUCCAGACCUUGCUUCAGGUGAAAAGAAACGAACAGGCUCUGGGUCACGGCGUCAGAUCCGUUACCUGGAGAACCUGUUAAAAGUUUAUGCUGAUGAAAUCAAACGUCUUCAGGAGAAAGAGCUGGAUCUGAAUGAUUUGGAAGAUGAAGACUCCUCCUACGUUCAGGAGCACCGGCUGAAGAAAAAGAUGGUGAAAAUCUUUGAAAAGUUGUGUGAGUUGAAGAACUGCUCAAGCCUAACGGGCCGUGUUAUUGAGCAGCGCAUUCCCUUCUCUGGUACACGCUACCCAGAAAUCAACCGCAAAGUGGAGAAGUUCAUUAACAAACCUGACCACUUCCCCGACUAUCAGGACAUCAGGAACAUCAUGCACAAAGCUAGCACGCGAUACAACCUGGGACUGAGCCAAAGGCAGAUUCAAAGUAUGGCGCAGGAUGUGUUCCGCGAGGUCGGCAAUAGGCUGCAGGAGAGACGCCACCUGGACUUGGUCUACAACUUCGGCAGUCACCUCACUGACGACUAUAAACCAGGCAAAGAUCCAGCCGUAACAGACAUCACGUUGGAAAAGAGGCUUCGGCAAAACAGGGCAGUUGCACUUCAGCACCUGGAUGAGGUGGUGAAGAAGUACGCUGAGAUCCAGGACGUUAGCGAAAUGGAGGAGGAGGAGAAGAGAAAGAAGAAGAAACAACAGCAGUCUACUGUCCCUCCUCCCUCCGAAGCAGGAAGGGAGAACGUCAGCGAUGAACAAGAGGAGGUACAAAAGGUACCUGAGGCUGAAGGGGAAGGACAACAAGUGGACGUGGUGGAAAAUGCUGCCUCUGACGAUGAGGAGGAGGAGGAAGAGGAUGAUGAAGAAGAGGAAGAUGAAGAUUUGUCGUCUGAACCUGACAUUGAAGAGGAGCUGUCUAAAAUCGAAGAGGCAGUCGAUGCUGAGGAAGAGCCCCAAGAAGAUGAGAAAUGUGAAGGCAGUGAGAUUGAUGAAGCUGAGGUUCAGUCUGAAAGCUCCUCCCAGUCAUCAGAUGAGAGUGAAGAAGAUUCUGAGUCUGCAGAGGUCCAGGUUAGGGAGAAGUUGGACAUAGCCUGCCCUUUGGAAGGUGGAGAUGCCUCCUGUACUGAGAAUCGCUCUGUCUGCACCAGCCACCCAGAGACAGAGUGUGACCUGGAAGGGAAGCAGCCCACAGGGGAGAGAGCUGCCAUUGAGGGUGUCAUUGGGCCGCCCAGUGCCAUGGAAAAAGGAGAUGCAGCAAGUAAUGAGCUGGCAUCCGUUGGCUCAAAUGGUCAGGGUGGGAGUGUUCUCCCUGAGGAGGUCAUCGGCUCAAGCAACAAGCACAUGCCUGUCAGUACUGUGGGGCAUGUUGCGAUGCUUGACAGUACAGAGAGCCCUGAGGGAAAGGACCAGCUGGGAGUGGAGGGCAACACCAUGCGAGAAGGGGUUGGAAAUGCCGUGUCCAGCCCUGCAACAUCUGAACGUGAGGAGGUGAAAGAUGAAAAGCCAGCAAAGCCGGCUAAGAGAAAACGAGCAGACUCCAGUGGGCAGAACCUGGAGAUGUCAGAACUUCCCUCUGAGACACGUGAUGAUACUCAGCAAGUAACCAACAACCUGCCAGCAUUCACUUGUGAUGUCGGAACUUUGGCCUGCCCUGAGGCACAGUCUCAGUCUUUGACCCAGAGAGUCACUGCACACUUGGAUAAAAAGUCCAUCACCCGUAAAGAUCAGUUGUUGGAAACGGAUAGACCGUGUCCAGAAACCUGUUUAACUACAGUAAACGGAAAAGAGGGAGAGGAUUCACCAGUUACAAAGAGAAUUAAACGGGAGAGAGAUGUGGGGUGCCGCAUUGUGGAGGUGAUUGAGGUGAUGGAGUCUGAUGAAGGGGCGGAGGAACUGCUGACAGACAAUGCACCGUCCUCUGUCGGAGCGAAGAGCCCACUUCCUACCGUCGAUUCCACCCAGGCCGAUUCCCCUCUUGUCAGCGUGGUCACCAGCUCCCAGCCCAGUCCUGUAAGGCACAAAAGGGUGAAUGUGGCAACCCAGUGUGACCCCGAAGAAAUCAUCGUCUUGUCUGACUCUGACUGAAAGUGGUCAGUUCGCCUGGAUCGUAGGGAGUUCUGUAAAUCAGGGAAGUGGGGGGGUGGGGUGCUCGCAUAGCUGCCUGUCUCUCGGAUAACUGAAGUACUACAGAAGGGAACGUACGCUGCUGACAGUUCUGUUCUGUUAUCUGGGCUUGAAUCCUGAUUGGGGCCAGAGGCUUGUUAAUUAACUGCUCUGGGCUUUACUGACUGAUGUUUUUCCCCCCUUUCUCCUGUCUGCUGGCCUAAUGCCCACUCCACUGCUCUGGGAGUGGGUUCACCAAGAAAUGGUCAGUUUGUCCUGUGUUACCAUAGAAGGUUGUUUUUAAAAUGUGUACAAAUGAAUUAUCUGCCACUUCAGUGAACAAUAAGACAGGGACUUCUCAGAUUGAGGUGACAGAACUUUAUAUAAAAGAAAAUUGCUUAAAAUUUGUCAACACUUGUUGCAUACUUUCCAAAAACCUGAAGUGGCUUGUGCAGUAGGAUAAGCAAGAAGGCAUUCAAGAUGGUGAUGUGAAGCCUAACUUUACAGGAAUGACUUACAGAUCUUCCCACAAUUUCAGAUGUUGAAGCUUUUCCCCAGUGCCAUGUGCAGAAACCUUGCCUGGGGAGGGUCCUUGCCCAAGUGUGAGCUGUGCUGGUCUUGGUUUGUCACUGUCCCGAUGAGCAGAGGUGGCCUCAUCCAAGCUGAGGCCACAUGGGUCUGUGGGGCUCUCCCUCUCCAUGGGGUAUCACACGGGGCUUUGAUUCUCUCUGGCCCCGAGACCAUUGGAGCCUGUGCUGUUAAGGAACUGGUUGAAGGCAGGCAGUUGGCCACUUUGCCUGGGUCAGAUGCUGUUGAGAUAUUGGUAUCGUUGCUUGCCUCGGGUGGAUUUGGAGUUUGUUAUCUUUUCCAGUUUUUUACUGAAGGUCCCUGCAGUAGAGUUCUGUGUUAAACUUCAAUUUGAAAAAAAACACACAUUCUUGGUCACAAAGCAGUGAAUUUACACCUGGAGUGCCUCCUAUCAAAAUCCCCAUCAACUUUCCUCGGCAGACUUGCUGUUUUACUCCUCUCGCUGCAGUGGAGCUCCGAAAAGGUGGAUAAUGUUUGAAUGCAGCGACACACAACAAUGUAUGUGCACGGUAAACAGCAAGAAAACCAGAUCCCUCCUCCUAGCAGAAGUGAAUGCACGUUAUACACUGGAUGAACUGUGGUCAAGUUCCUCUUCAAACCACGUGAGAAUUGUUGUUGUUGAAUAAAGGGCUUGUUUGCCCCUGUUCCUGAGCAGAUACAGUGAACAUCCCCUUUGAUAUGGCACCAAAAUGAAUGGUGGUGUUACCAUUUGUGAUGCCUGACCUGAGUGGUGUUAGUGACCGCUCUUCCUGAAGCUCCAAUAUGGGUGAGAAUUAGAUUCCUGUUUUACAAAGGAAUCGAUAUCUCAAUGAAAGCCCAUUCAAGGCCAUGCUCCAAGAUCUGCUUUCAUUGGCAACUCUUGCUACCAGUUGGCUUCUUGUAGAACCUGCCAUUUUCUUACUCUAACGAGUCCUCCUCUCUCUUCCCAUCCCCACCCCCAGCAAAGCAUCCAGUGUCUCUUCCCCCAAGGGUUAACUUUAACAGGGAGGCCACCUCGUGUGACUGCCUGAGGAUUAGAUUGUGCACAGUUGUUUCAGUAGUCGUCUCCGGAUGCUGCUGGCUAUAGAGAGUGCAAUUUAAAAGUGGUUUACGUUAGGCUGUUGAGUUUUCAGUAUUAGGUUGUCGUCCUCCAUGCAACCCUUUUAACAGCAGUUACAUGGGCUUUGCCACCCGCUCACUAGGUCAGGUUGGCUUGCUGGCACUGAGUACAGGGCACGGAUGGAAUUCUUAAGGACCACUGUUAAUGAGUAGCUUGGGGAAGGGAAGGGAUAGGUUGGUUUAGAUGGGUGUGCUUGUAUGUGAGUACCUCUUUCUCAAAGGGUGAUGGAAAUAGCAUUCACUGAUGAACAAGUGAUAAAGGGUGAUCAUGAAUAUUGAGUUGGAGUUGUCAGAGCAGCUGGCACCAACCCUCUCUACCAGCAAACUAUAUAACCAUUUCUCCAAAGCACAUAUCUGAUUUCUUUUGUGUAGAUCAGUAAAAUUUCUGGCCUGUUUUAAUAAAUACUUCCUGAUCUUUUUGACUUGCUUUCUAAGGACAGCUGUUUUAGAAAGUUUAUACAACAGUCUGGUCGUACAUCAUUCAUUCAUUCAGCUUCAACAAAGUCGGGGUUUCAUUCCAGACUCGAAGAAACACAAUGAGACCUUGGUUAAAGGCAUGUCAGAUAUUUGCUCUCAAAAUCCCUCAAAUCCAUUCUGCUCUGACUUGGUCACUGAACUUCCACAAUACUCAGUAAAGAAAUUCCUCCUGAAUGGUUAUGCCCUUUUAUUGUGGUUUCUGAUUCUUUGGCCUUCCCAUGUUUUCAAUGCUAGGUGAGUCUUGUUAACUUGAUCCUUUGUGAUCAAAGCGGAUGAAUUAUUGUCCUCCUCCCCCAGCCCCAGUGUUACCUGAGAUGACCAGAAGUUACCAACUACUCUGUAAACUGCCAUGUCCCACCAACGAGCAGAACAACACACAGAAUGCUGCCGCAACUCAGCAGGCCAGGCAGCAUUUGUGAAGGGGAAUAAACAGUCGACGCUUUGGGCCGAGACCCUUCAUGAAAACCUCUCUAGUGCACUGGCAGUUGAGACCCCAAGAGGGGUGCAUGGUAAACAAUGUGUCCCAUCUGAAAGGAGGAGGAGCUGCUGACUUUAUGUGGAUGGGAAUGUUUUGAUUUAGGAACCCCCAGUGUGGAGUUCAGAGCAACAAUUGGGAAAAUAAUAAAAAACUGGAAUGAAAUGUCUUUCUCAAAGUUUACAACACACUUUUUUAAAAUUCAAUUUACUUUUGAUUGUUGUCUUAAGGGCAUUUGUUUGUUUGCUGUCAUUAAAGGUAUUUUUUGAAUAAGUAAAUCUGGCUUAAAUGUCAUA